GCUCCCCUGUGUUUGUAUCAGCGAGUUGUGGAGGAAGAGCUGCACCGAAACCUACACUUCAUGAUUACCUAAAGGUGUACUUAGUAUGACUCCCAUCUGUGGAAAGACUGUUUUUACUCAUAAGUAGUUCAUAGAUGAAAACAGUCCAUGCUGACCUCACAUGUACACACUACAGCACACAGUAUGACACGUUGAUACCACACUGAGAAUGCAAACUUCAGCACUUCUUCCAGGUCUCCCCCACUCACAGAGCAAAUGGUUUCGCCCAUGGAUCCGCUCCAGCACUCAUAGCACACAAGAGGUCUGAAAGAUACAGAUUUCUGUGUUUCUGUCAGUCUUCAGUUGUGGCAGCGUUUUACACUAAAAUCACAGUGAUAGUCUUGCAAUUCCUUUCGAGACGGGACUGUUUCUCCUCAGAGAGCCCAUUGUCUCCCUGGAUCUGAGCCGUCCGGAUGACACCAGCAGAAGGGCUGCACUGCUAGUGCCUGGAAUAAAUAAGGCUUUCCUAUCCAUCCUUCUGUCCACCCCUCCCUCCCUCUCUCUCCUCUUGGGGCUGUAAAUAAGCUGGGGCUCUAUAAACCCUGGAGAGACCCUCCCCCCUCCCAUUCCUCCCCACAACGGCUACCUCCCUCCAUCUCCCCUGCCCACUCAAGACUGUGCUGCUGCUCCUUAUGCUGCUGAGAGGUACCACAGAGAUGCUCAGAUGAUCCAUUGGGCUGGCCCAAACUACAUCAUCCAUACGGCCCAAGACAGCGAAGAAUAACUAGUGCGAGUGUGAGAGAGCCCCUGGAGGGUACUGUGAGGACCCUGAGAGGCCCACCCACCCGCCGAGCCUGGCAGAAAGCUUGGCUUGCCCCUUGACUCCAGCAGUCCCUGAGAUGCCCUCCCCUCCCAAUGAAGGAGAGGAUCAAGGAGCGUCCCCCGUGAACGGGCCAUCUGUGGGCUCCUACCACAGCAGGGGGAAGAGGAAGGUGCACACCAAGAAGAAGAAAGGCACCAUAAGUGCCAAUGUCGCAGGCACCAAAUAUGAGAUUGUCCGUAUAGUUAUCAGUGAGAUGGACUUCAUCAAGGCCAGGGAUGAAGACGAGACUGCCAACCUCAUCUGGAACGACUCAGCUGUGCAGCACGAGAAAAUCGCUGAGCUCAGGAAUUAUCAGAGAAUUAACCAUUUCCCUGGCAUGGGCGAAAUCUGCCGAAAAGACUGCCUAGCAAGAAACAUGUCCAAAAUGAUUAAGUGCCAGGCUUUGGAAUACAGCUUCAUACCCAAAACCUGGAUCUUCCCCGCUGAGUACACUCAGUUCCAGAACUACGUCAAGGAGCUACGCAGGAAACGCAAGCAGAAGACCUUUAUCGUAAAACCUGCCAACGGAGCCAUGGGUCAUGGGAUCUCGCUUAUCCGUAACUGUGAGAAACUGCCAGCCCAGGAGCACUUCAUUGUUCAGGAGUAUCUGGACAAGCCCUUCCUGAUGGAGGGCUACAAGUUCGACCUGCGCAUCUACAUCCUCGUCACUUCCUGCGACCCUCUUCGCAUUUUUCUCUACAACGACGGACUGGUUCGCAUGGGCACAGAGAAGUACAGCGCACCCAGUGAGGCAAACCUGAGCCAGCUCUACAUGCAUCUAACCAACUACUCCGUCAACAAACACAAUGAGAACUUUGAGCGAGACGAGACGGUGGACAAGGGCAGCAAAAGGUCCAUCAGCUGGUUCACUGAGUUCCUCCGCACCAACGACUAUGACGUGUCCAAAUUCUGGGGGGACGUCUCUGAGCUGGUUGUGAAGACGUUAAUAGUUGCUGAGCCCCAUGUGCUGCACGCCUACCGCAUGUGUCGCCCUGGCCAGCCACCAGGGAGCGACAGUGUCUGCUUCGAGGUCCUGGGCUUUGACAUCAUCCUGGACCGCAAGCUCAAACCCUGGCUUCUGGAGAUCAAUCGAGCUCCGAGCUUUGGGACCGAUCAGAAGAUUGAUUACGACGUGAAGAAAGGGGUGCUGCUCAAUGCUCUCAAACUCCUAAACAUUCGAGCAAGUGAUAAGAAACGCAACCUGGCCCAGCAAAAGGCAGAAGCUCAGAGACGGCUCUAUGGACACGGAUCCAUGAAGAAGCUCUCGGCUGCCUCCUCGGACUGGGAGAAACAGCGUCACACACUGGAGCGAAGGAGAGAAGAGCUGAAAGAGCGACUGGCACAGGUUCGCAAGCAGAUCUCCAGGGAGGAGCAUGAAAAGCAACAUCUGGGGAACUACAGACGUAUUUACCCCCCAGACGACAAGCUGCUGUUGGAGAAGUAUGAAAGCCUGCUCUCGUCCGCCUUUCAGACCUUCCUCGCCGGGCGAGCUGCAUCACUUCAAAAGGAAAUGAAUAAUCCUCUGAAACGAAUGAAGGAGGAGGACAUAUUGGAUCUUCUGGAGCAAUGUGAAUUGGACGACGAGAAGCUGAUGGGCAAAUCCUCCCGGCAACGAGGUCCUAAGCCCUUGACCGCGAUGCCAGAAAGCAGUCAAACACCCAGACGUCAAAGACCAGACUACUUGGCUGACUUCUCAAGUGGCAGCAGCGCUGAUAACUCCUGCUCCUCCUCAGAUGAAGAAGAGGAGGAGAGGAGGAAUGCAGGGGGAGGAGGUGGAGGAGGAAGAAGCGGAGAGAAGAGGGAGAAGAAAGUUUCCUAUGACCUUGGAGAGAACAAGGAGAGGAACUUGGCUGAGCGCUCAGGCCGAAUGCACUGGAAACCUCCAAUCAAGUCUCUCAAAACCAGCCCCAUCCCCUCUGCUUCCCCAACACUCUCUGGUCCAAUCAGACGCUCCAUCUCCUGCCCUCGUUCCAUUGCUUCCCUCUCGUCGCCCAAUGAGUUGCGGACUUUGUCAACCAGACCUUCUCCUACAGUUCCCAUGGCCACUCCCCUCAUCAGGCCAAGCUCUGCUACGCUGCGCUCUCAUUCGCUGAGUCGCAGUGGCUCCGCCCACCGUGUGCCUCACAGCAACAGUCUGGGGACCAUCCACUCCAACAUCGGUGAUCCAUUGAUAAACCUGAGAAGUAAAGAGCAGGAGGCUGAGCUGGUGCGUCAGACUCUUGCAGCACUCACCGCCAUGAGAAUCAGGUUUCCGGGUAAAACAGAAGAAGAGGCUGAGGCUGUGCUAGACGAGAUUCUUGACAACUGGAAGUACCAUAAAUCAAAGGUGGCCUCCUAUUGGCUUGUGAAGCUGGACUCCACAAAACAACGAAAGGUCUUAGACAUUGUACGGACCAAUGUGCGCUCAGCGCUGCAGCGGAUCUGGAGGGAGCCAGACGUAGAGAGUCUCCAUCUUUACAGGCUCUUUAACCGGAUCUUCAACCGCCUGCUCUGGAGUCAUGGACAAGGGCUGUGGAACUGCUUCUCUAACACUGGUUCAUCUUGGGAGACCAUCUUCAGUAAAAGCAGCGAGGUGGUGACGCCCCAGGAGCUGCAGUGUUGCCGUCGGCUUGUCCAGUUGUCCAGGGACUGCUUGUUGGUAGUCUACAAGUUUGUCUCGGAGUCCCGCGGCUCUUUGACCGGACUCAGCCCUGAAUGGGACGACACCAGGUACUGGAACGCUGUUAGCAGGAGCUGCCUCACUGCUCUGUCUCGGUGGAAGGUGUCAUAGAAAAGUCUUAGAAAAGUACUGACGCCUGUGCCGCGGAAUGAUAGGUAUCUGCUGCCAGUGACCUCCCAGUUCAUCAUGAAGUGGCCUUCGUCCAGCUUUGGCCGCAUGUCCUCGGCCGUGCCGCGCUCGCGCAGCCUUUUUGCAGCCAGGAUGGGCCACUUCUGAGGUCACCGUGGCAACCUGGCUCCGGACACCUCGCCUAUUGACCUCAACCUUUCCCUCCCUGUGACUCUAACCCAGCCAAACUCUGAUCUCAGCUAGUCCAGUAUGGAUCUGAUUAUUUGGGGCAGCUCUGGACACUGGAUGGAACCUCAACCUUAGCCAACCCUCUCUCCUUCUCGUGGAAGACCAACAAAGAAAGGCCUGGUGGAUUCGGACCUGCGAAUGAGCCGUGUCCAGUCCAGAAUUGUUUGGUCAUUCCUAGACCAGCAGACCACCAGUACCCCCAAUCCCUACGUCAAUCCCAGUUAUCACUGAACAAUGGGUUUACCCCUAUUUUGUCCUUGUAACUGCUGUAAUACACCUACUCACUGUACAGUUACAAGUCGAGGUACUGUAUAAGGAAAAAAUAACAAAUACUUAACAAUGCAAGGAUUAUUUAUUUAUUUAUGUACCUACUUCUUUUGUAAGCUAUUCCAUGAAUGCAGUGAAUGCUGGUGCAGAAUGCAGAUAUGGAAUGAGAACAACAAAGCUAUCCAUUGUUUGAGAACGUCGAUGAAAAAAAAAAAAAAAAGAAGAAGCUUAUUUUUGCUGGCUGUAAUUUGAUUUCUACAUUUAAUUUAUUCCAUAACUUUUAUCAGAGGCUUCAUGUUUAUAAAUGAUUAUGCUCCAGUUUUUGCAGGUCAGAGUACAGUGAAGAGGUGGCGCCCAGAGAAACUCAAAACUGUUGAAUGCUGAUGCUUCAUGUUUUCAUGUGUGAUAUUAAUUGCAGCAUAAUUAAGUGACACAUUGUUUAGAAUGUCGGUGUAGAAAAGCCAAGCCUCUUUGCCUGUUGAGAAUGAGCUGACUUUGAUGCCACAGCGUAAAGAGCCAAACUUAAGUCUCAGAGAGCACCCAGUUUCUAAUAUGCACUUUGUCACAGAAAGAGAAAGUGGGUGCACAUUACAGUAGUGGUUGCAUGCUUAGAUUUUAGACCCUGAACCAGAUUCUAGUGGUUAGACGGAGCUGCGUUUGAAUUAUACUUGAAGUUUUGUGUUGUCAUUAUCGAUUGUGUCUUGUGUCGGCUGCACUCAAGAAGACACUCCACUUGUAGAUUUGUCGUCUCUAGUAUGAAUGUGUAAAGGAUAAGAGGGACGUGUGCUUCGCUUACAGAUCAUGCAGCACGUUGAAUGACUCGGCUCAUCAGCCCCAAUGUACCGCACUGUAACAGUGGUAAUUUGCCUGGGACGAGCAACUGCAGCCUUUUCCCCACCGCACUGCAGGUAUGAAGUGCCAGGGAUAUCAUGGAUGUGCCAAUAAUAAGCACAUCUCCUCUAUGUGUUUAGUUGGUUUUUAUUCAAGGUUAAUAUGUCAUAAAUCUCCAGCAGGACCUCAGUUAAAUACAGUAUUACAUGUUGAUAGGGAGAAUCUUAGUGUUACAUGUUGUUUACUUGGCUCUGUGUACAACCCCGCAAGAGAUGAUACAUCAAAUAGAUGCUCAAAAUGGUAGAUUAUCAGUGGGCUGCACAAUACAGUGUAAUGUGCUCAAACUGAA